UUUAAAGGGGAAGAAGGCGGGAUUUGACAUCAUUGUGUUUACACCGUUCGUUAUUUUGCUAGCGCCAACACAACAAGAUAGUUAUUCGUUUAUGCAGAUGAACAUAUAAGAUAGAGAUUCUAUAGUUGUGGUAUUUGCAUGGGGGAACACGGUCUUCUGGGCAACGAGCCCGAGUCUAUCGAUUAUUCUGUGCACGAAGCCUGGAACGAGGCCACAAACGUCUACCUGCUCGUUAUUCUAGUUAGCUUCGGCCUGUUGAUGUACGCCAGAAAAAACAAGAGGAAGAUCAUGCGCAUCUUCACCCUGCCCCCCACCGUGGAAAGCAGCACAGAGCCCAACUUCUACGACAGCCUGCAGAAAGUGCGCCUGCGACAACAGCUGGAGAUGUACUCAUUGGCCAGGAAGUUUGAGCAGCAGCAACAAACCGACAGUGUCCAGCUCUCCAUGGAAUGAGGAAGGCCCUCAUUCUGCAGCUUUUCUCUGGAUGGAUGGAUGGACGGACACCAACGACAUGAUGCUUCAUGCUGGGAUCUAUGGAGAUGCUUAUCAAGCCUCUUAGUCAGAGAAACUUUUCCCCCACAUCUGCAGUGAAAAACACCUUAAAUGUAACAUUGAUUGUAUUGUUUUAAGUAUACAUUUAAUUGGGUGUGAUUAGAUAGAUAGAUAGUACUUUAUUAAUUCCUUCAGGAGAGUUCCCUCAGGAAAAUUAAAAUUCCAGCAGCAGUGUACAGAAUUGAGAUCGAAUUUAAAAAGUAAGUAAAUAAUGAGGGUAUAAAUAGAAAUAAAAUAGAAAAAUAUUACAAUAAGAAUAAAAAUAAAAAGCAACAAUGAGAAUAAAAAUAUAACAGUAAAAUAAGAAUAUAACAAGAGAAACUAGGCAGUAGUGAUCAUGUUAUGACAAAUGAUUGCACUGUUAUUGUUUUGCAUCCCCUGUCAUCCGAGUACCCCCCCAGAGAGGAGUUGUACAGUCUAAUGGUGUGUGGGACAAAGGAGUUUUUGAGUCUAUUAGUCCUGCACUUGGGAUGAAGCAGUCUAGCACUGAAUAGGCUCCUCUGGCUACUGACAACGGUAUGCAGAGGGUGAUUGGCAUCAUCCAGGAUGCUCACUAGUUUUUCCACAGUCCUCUUCUCUGCCACCGUCACCAGUGAGUCCAGUUUUAUUCCGAUCGUAGAACCGGCCCGCCUGAUCAGUUUCUCCGGUCUGGAGCUGUCCUUCUUAGAUGUACUGCCCCCCCCCCAGCACACGAUGUAGUACAGAACACUGGCAACCACAGACUGGUAGUACAUCCACAAGUUUUUUACAGACGUUGAGGAAGUACAGCCUGCUCUAUCCUUUUCUGUACAUGUGGUCCGUAGUAAAGUGGUUUUAAAAGGUUGUCUUACUGAUCACUGAUAUCAGCCAAGUUGUAUCCAUAGUGUACUUUAUAAUCAACUUUUGACUUGGUCAACAAUGACCCAAUAAUGUUUAAACCAAAACAUUUAACAUGAUAAAUCGUGUUAUUGCAGCACCAGACUUUACCUGGAAGUGGGUGCAAAAUGCCUUUUUAGUGAAAAAAGGUCAAUGGAGGUCUGUCCAAAUCCAUUAAAAUGAAAGGCAAACUGAGAUCACAUGCUGAUCUAAUUGAGGUUGAGUAGUAAGCACUCCCUCAAACUUAAUUGACUCCUGGAAGCAUGAACAGGCGCUGCUGUUCCCACCAAAGUAAGAGCGGUAAAUGAAUCAGCGCGGGCACGGGAAGACAACGAUUGAGUGGCAAAUGUCACCAAGCCCACCAAAAUGUAACCUGAUUUGUUCUCACAUGUAAAACUGUCCUUUAUUUGUGUGCAGCUGUAUGAUAAAACAUGUUAAGUAAACUGAAAA